UAUACGUAUAUAUAUAUGUAUGUGUAUAUAUAUAAUACAUACAUAUAUAGAUGUAUAUAGAUUGCAAUAAAAUUGUGUUUAACAAUUAUAUUAAUUAUAUUACAAUUGAUAUAUAUUUGUUCGGAAAUACGGAGAAUAAGAUUACACAUCUAAUUAUAGAUAUAGCUUCGCUAUCUAGAAUAUAACUAGUUCAAGAUCAAUGUUUCCAUCUGCUUUUACCUUUCGAAAUUUGUAUUUCAAUUAAGAUUUUGUGUCUAUCUCUCUGUGUAUAUACAUGUAUAUGACUGAUUAGUAUACUUGUUAAGAAAUAUAAAGAUUGCUUAUAUGUGAUCAUAAAAUAUACUGCGAUAUAAAAUCUACUAUUUGAAAGAUGACAACUCCAAUAAGCACAGCAAUGGACAGGUUAAGUGCGGCAUUAAAUUCAAAUAUAAUACCAAAUCAAGAGUAUUUACUUCAAGGCUCCGUUCUAGACAGUGCUGUGGAAGUGUUGCUUCAUAGAUUAAGAGGCUUAUGUGAUAAUGUUGAUAGCGGACCUGAAACUUUCAACGAUCAUGAAAUGUGUUUUAGUAUUAGAAGAGGACCUCCUCCCGAACAACCACUACUGUUAAGAGUUAGAAGAGCUUUGGAUUAUCAAGAUAUGCCUUGGCAAUUAAGAUAUAUAGGUCAGCCAGAAUUAGGUGAUAAAUCUCGUCCUACAAUUGUACGCAGCAGCAUAGAUAUUGCUACCAGCAGUACCGUAGUAGAAUUUUUAACGGAGUUAGGUUGUAGAUUGGAUUUUGAAUACAUAGCUAGAGGUUAUAUGUUCCGCAAGGGUAGAAUGAAAGUUACAGUAUCAAAGAUUUUUAAGAUGGGUCAACAAGGAAAAAUACCUGAAAGUGUAGAAGCUAUAUCUCAAAGUUAUCUGGUAGAAUUAAGUGUUCUUGCGCCUAGUGGUCAAGAUGCGAUAGCAGAGGAUAUGAGAAUAUUUGCAGAACAAUUGAAACCUCUAGUUCAGCUCGAAAAGAUUGAUUACAAAAGACUUCAUUAAAUGCUAAAUAUAAAGAAGGUAUGAAUUUCAUAUUUUGUAUUGGAAUUAAUUUAAUAAAAUGCAAUAAUAUUGCGAAAUACCCUUUUUUUACGUAUAAUCUUAUGAAAUAAAUUAUUUAUUCUCAAGUGUA